UAUUACUUGACUCUUAGAUGAAAGUCGAAAGCAAACAAUCGCCUAUUCCCGCCAGCAAGAAAAAAAGGUACAUGCAUCACGGAGGCCUAUGGAAACUGCACAUUAUUUCAAAAUAUCGCAAGCCUUGGAGAUGUUGAAUUUAAAAUAAUAUUAUUUAAUACCAUAAGUAUUCAGAUAGUUAUCUUGUAAAAAUAAAAUGGCGUCUUCAAAGAAGUGACAACAAUAACACAGUGUACUGACUAAUCAAAUCAAGAUAAUUAUUUAUUAAUUAAAAUUUACUAGUAUUAGUAAGUAUAAGUAGGCUACUACACUACUAGUUUUAGUUGUGGUUUAUUAGUAGGCCUAUAUUAUAUUGAAUUGAAUAUUUAUAUAGCGCUUGUAUCCAUGCUACUUCAGCAUGCUCACAGUCACAGUAGGCUUGAAACUUGAGUAGGCACUUGAAUACAAAAUUUAACAAAAUUGAAAUAAUUUUUUUAAUAACACAGUUAGAGCAAAUAAAAAAAAUGAAACCAGAAUCAACUUUUUAGCUUAAGUACUUUUUGAGCUUUGAAUUUGUAAAGUGUGAGUUCGUUUGGUAUUUUUUACUAUGGACGAAACCUCCACAUCUUGUGACCUCAUUCCGCUGAUCGCGUCAUGCGCAAUGACUAUAUACUUUAUAUAAGGCAACGCAUCGCCUUAUCACUAAAAUACUGUUUAGGGUCGACUUUCAAAUUUGAAAGUUGAAACCGUGUACUUAUUAAUUAAUUUCGAAACCCUGACCAAUGGUUUAAUAGUUUUUGCACACGGCAAACUCUUAUGAAUGAAACUCUGAGGUAGUACUACGAUACAGUUAUGCAAGUGGCUGUGAAUGGUUGCCAAUGACAACGUGUUGCACACGGUAAAUUCUGAUAAUUUAUAAUAUGGAUUCUACCGGGUUGUUAAAGCUCAAAUUAAAACAUUCCAGUUUAAAUGUCUUCAAAAUGCAUUCUGAAACACAAGUUAUCAAAUAUUUUGAUGUAAAUAGUGGUAAUAAAAAGUAUCGGCAACUUCCGCCAUUAAAAAGGGGCCAUGGCCCACCCCAUGGCGAAAUUAGGUUGAGCGAACUGCAUGACCUGCUGCGAACGUGUAGAAACAUGACGUCUAUCGUAAGACACUUAUCGCUGUGAAAAUUGGCAUACAUAUAGAUCGAUACAUUCCCCAGAUGCAAAAAAAAUUUGGUAGUGACAAAUCUUUUCCUUCGACUUAAUUUUAAUGAUGAAAGUUGCCUUAUAUUUACCAAGGAUUUUCUCAAAGCUGACUGAUUGUAAAUGAAAAAGAAAUUGAUUAAAAUGUAGGCCAAGAUGUCUACCUAAUUAUAAGGCCGAAAACGGAACUCAAAUAUAUAUCGAAAGUACUAAUUUAAUAAUAAAUAGACACACACAUCGGAAAAUUAAAAACUCGGAUUUUUCUGCGCCGAUUUCUAUUUCCGAUACACAAAAAGUAUUAUAGUCUCCCUUGUUUCAUCGAAAUAUCUACUCACAGCAACCACACCUAGAUAUUGGAAGAAACUUCAGUGGUUCUUUCAUCAGGCCUAUUUAAGUUUUAGGGUGACAGUGCAGUACAUUUUUACUCAAUAAAGUUAUUACUAAUAUUACUGUUAAUUUAAUUAAUAUAAAUAUAUCUGGAACUUGGAUAUGGCAAGACUACUUCAAAAUGGGCAUGGGCGCAUCCACACUGUGGACCACAGCUCUAGUGCUGUUAAUAGCAUUAACAAACAGGUGGCAGCCAUUAAUUGCGUGCGGGUACACACAGCUCGUUCCAAAGUUAUUGCAAUGUCUGGUAAAUGUAAAAUGUUGGUUUUACACGCCCCUCAUUGACUAAUGCUGCUGAUGCUUAACUCUGGGCCAAAACAUUCCAUUUCAAUCUUUGUAUUUAAUAAAGUUAUUCUUGUCUUAUUUAAAAUUUUGUCAUUGAUUAUCCAUGUUUUUGUCACAGAUAAAAGAGUUUAAAAGAAGGUAUCAAAUUAUCAUGCCUGCUGGGCGUCCUCGUCGUGCUACCAAGCAGCAGCCAGUGGCAGAACUUGAUGAGUCUGAGCAGGCCUCUGAAAUAUCACUGUAAUAUUCUUUUAAAUAAAAAUUAAAACUUAUAAACCAAGCAUUUCUAGCAUAAGAAAAUUGUUUGCUCCACCUUUAUGAUAGAGAUUAAAUGGAAAACGAAAGUUCUUCACCAAAAUAAAAGAUACUUAAGCCUAAAUUUUAAACUAGAAGUCUUAUAAACCAGGGUUUUAUUAUUUUUUUGUCUUAUUCUGAAAAAAAAUUGUUUACCACAACAUUAGAAGAGAUAAAAAAAAAAAUAUUUAGAUAUUCAUUGUUUUGAAAUUUUUAUGAUUCUGUUUAGGAACCAAGGUAAUGACUCAGACAGUGACUUUGAAGAGCCAAAAGUUAAAGGGAAAAGAAAGAAAAAGGAUGACUCUGCACCAGUAAAUGUUAAUUUCUUAUAUUUUCUUGUCAUCACUUUCAAAUUGUAUUUUUUUGUGUGAUUAUUGGCAUACUUAAAGAAUUAACUUUGUUUUAAAUUAAGAAGUGUCUACAUGUCCGGCGACCGGACUAAUAAGUUCUUGAGAUAUUCGUCCGCCAACCAGGUCACAUGACCACCGUAACAAAGGUGGGUGAAAUAUCUGUCAGCCUUGUCACAUGACCGCUAAUAGUUAAUCAUAAAACUGGUGUUGGAGAUGCAUGGGGGUGACGAGUAUACACUUCAUUUCCAGGGGGGGGGGGGGGGGAAGCAAUGCAUACUAAAAGUAAAAAAUACUGAGAGUGAAAGAGAAAAAUGAUAGUCAGGGUGAUAUAUAAUUGAGGCAGGGAGGCCGAAAGGUCACAAAGAAAUAGACCCUACAUCUUAACUCUUUCACUGCUGAAUUUUUAAUAAAAAAUGUACAAUUUUUUCAAAGAGCGGAAAAAGAGUGAGAGGUUGGGUUUAUUAAAAAAUAUUUAAAAUAUUAUUCUUUGUUUUAUACGACUAAACUUGGUAUCAAAUCAAAGGUAAUUGAAAGGACUAUAUGUUUGAACACUUAUUUCUUCACUUUAAAUAACAUAAGUUACAGAAAAGAACCAAAAAUGUGAAAACAUAUUAUGCUGAACCAUUUUUACCCAUACCCUAUGAUGUACCGGUACGCAUACUUCAUCUUCACUUCUAUAACUCAAUUCCUCUAAAACUACUACUAUUGGAAUCAUGCGAUGCAUCUAAAUAUAAAUCAUCUUCGCUAUCAAAAGAAAUAGUAUAACAUAAUCCCAAAGUUUUUUUAACUGUUAAUCCUCUAGGAAACUUACCUACUAGGGUAGCCAUAGCAACAGUAGGAAAAGAAACGCGAAGAAAAUAGUCAAAAUAAUGCUUCUAAUGACAAAAAAUUUACCUUAGUUUCCCUUAAAAACAAUGAAGUACCACUCUUCUAUAUAAAAGUCUUAUUUAAAAAUAGCUCUUAGAGAAAUAGCAAAGAAACAAACAUGAUAUUGAAACGACGCACAGCGCGUUGGUGCGUGCUUUGGAGAAUGGCGGAAUAACGCAGUGUGCGUUGUUCCGCAUCGAAAGAGCUAAUAUAGGGCCAAUAAAGUGUGCUGUUGGGUAGCCUAUUUCUCACGCAAUAUUAAUAGCCUAAAAUAAAACUUUUUUUGACAGCAGGUCUAUUGACAGUCAACUGGCAAGUAUUGGUCUUAUUUUCUUUGGUUCAUAUUUUAAAUUUACCCUUUUAGGUAGAGCGUUAUAAGAUAAUAAAACAAGAUAAGGGAUUUUUUUUUAAAAUUUGCCUGCGGCGUCUUGUUACGUGACAUGCCCACCGGAAGAAUAUCUCCCGCACUAUCUGUCCGGUCGCCGGAUGUGUAGACACUGCCUUUAAAUUAUUAUUAAUCUAGUUUGUUUGUUGUUUUUUUUUUUCAGCCAGCAAAGCGGAAGAAAGCAGAAACAGCAGCUGCAAAAGCAAAGAAAGCACAACAUAUAUCUUUAGAUAGUGGAGACGGGAGUCUUUUUGAAGCAGUGAAGACCGGAAAGGCUUCAUUGCAGGUAAGAAAUAUUUUAGGGGUAAUGGAUAAGAAAUAUAUAGAGCAGUGGGGUAGUUAGAUCUUUACAGUCAGAUGUCCCAUGGAGAUAUUCUAUGAAUGCAACAUCAACUAUUGCAGUACCUGGCUUAUCUUGAUGGCACAGCGCUACUGAGCAGAAACAGCUAUGAUAUAAUUAGAGCAUUCAAGGAACUUGAAAAUCCCUCAAUACAAGCUAGUCUUGAGCUAAAAGAAGGCAAAGACAAAAUAUAUGGUAAUGCGCUGGACAGUACACUUGAGAUAAUGUCAGAUUGUAGAGCAGCCAGAGUGAUCUAGAGGCAGGCGGCUCACCGGUCAACCAAAACUGAGAUAGAUUGACGAUGUAGAGGUCUUACACCAACUGCUGUCCCGCACAUGGGGGCGGAAAGCCAUGAAUCGAUCCAAUGGAAGGUUGUGGUGGAAAAAGCCAGGGCCCUACAUGGGCCACGAAUGGUGAUGGGGUAGUUAGAGUUUGCCGCCCCUCAUUACAAAGUUCCCUAAAUUUAAAAAAUAUACAUCAAAAAUAGGCCAAAAUUGUAUAUGAAAUUGUCCAAAAAUGCUGUCCUAAACACCGCCACAUCUUCCUACACCACUAAUGUAAAUUUAAUAUCUAAGUUUCUCCCAAUUAUACAUUUUUCUCUAGACUGUUGUUGAUGAAUGGAUCGAGGGGUACAAAAUUGAAAGAAAUACUGCACUACUUGAGCUCAUCCAGUUUUUCAUACAGUGUUCAGGAUGUAAGGGCAAAAUCACUCCAUACAUGUAUGCUAAUAUGGAGCAUGCUGAGAUCAUUAGGAAAAUGACUGAAGAAUUUGAUGAGGUAAUGAGUUUUUUUUCUUUAAAGAAACAAUUUUAAGUAAAAUAAAAAAAAAUCUUCAGCUAUGACACCAUCUUUUAUUUCCAACAUCUGGUUGUUCAUAAAUGCUAAUAAUAGGUAGUCCAAACUAAAAUUUUCUAUACAUAGCAGACAUAUGUGGUGAGUUUCACCUGACAGAACUUUUUAUUCUAAGAUAUAGGCCACUUAUUUCAUGUAGUUAUCUCAAUAAACAAAAAAGUUAUGCGAUUUUCAAAUUUGCUGAAAAUCGACCAAAAAUGGAUUUUUUUACCUUGUGAAAAAGUCCCAUGUUUAAGGACCUAUAUUUUCUAACAUAAUCAACAGAGAAGUCCAGGAAUUGGUGUAUGUGCUCCAAAGUUUACAAUAUUUAAGCCCAAUUUUUUUCAAGCAGCCAGAUCUAUUAAUUCUUAAGUUAUUAUAAAAUAAAAAAUAACAAUAUUGAUUUUUAGUCCUUUUUAUUUUCCGACUGGAGAGGUGUAAAAAUACACAUUUUAAAAAAUUUGUUAAAAUUUCUGUUAUUGACUUACAUAAAUAUUUCAUACAUCAAAUUAAAGAUAAUUUUAAGCAGAACAACAUGCAGUAUGCCUUAACAUCAUCAAUAAACACUUAAAGGCACUAAAAUAAGUCUAAAAGUACUCACUUAGCGUUUUUUUUUUUAAAUGAAGGUUUAAAAAAUGUGAUUAGAAAAUGCAUUUUACUUAAUUGUGAUAAAAUCAAAGGAAUAUGAUGUCAGAUGUGUUUACUAUUAAUUAAAAGACUAAUAAAAAAAAUAUCAAUGCAGAGUAUUGUCAAAAAUAUAAAUCAAUUAAGCAUAAAUUUUAAUUAAAUUGUCAGGGAAAUGCCUGGUCUAUCAACUGGGGGGUGACUGGGUAAGCUUCUGUAACCAAUUUGUAAUAUGCUUGUUGGUCUUAUUCCCCAGUAGCUUGAUAAGUGCAUUAUCAAUAGCAAUUGUCAACUCUAGCCACAAUGUUGCACCCAGGGUCAUCAUAGGUUUCUCCGCUGUGGAAUGAACAAUUAAACUUAGAGAGCAUACAACAUUGUUUUAAGUAUUCAUAGGUGUAAUAUAAAGACUAAAUAUUGAGAGAACUGGGCGAGUCCAUUUCAAUAGGCCUUAUAGGUACCGGUAGUACUAGUGAGUCUAAGAUGAAAUAAUAUUGAAACAAUUCUAACUCAGAAAUACGUUUCAUUGAGUUUUAAUAAAUGCUUCACAAUCUCAUUGUCAAGAUAAGCCUACAAAUUAUUUGUUUAAUUAUUUUGCUGUGUAUAAUGUUUUAUUCACUUGAACUUGAAGCCUCCUACCCCAGGUAAAAAUUUAAGUCGGUCCACCCCAAUGUUUACUCGCCGGCAUCCAUUUUUAUUUUCUCGAUCGGACAGAAACCCCCUUUGAAAUCAACAAUGCUAUCUUUAUUUUAAAAUUACAUUUAUAAAAUAUAAGAAAGAUCAAACAUUAGCAUAUCUGCGACAUGUCUAUCAAUUUUUUUUAUCGCUAGACUGUCCUCAAUUAAAUACAUUUGGUCCGAUCGGCAACAUAUCUCCUAGUCAAGUUCACAAUAGCUACAAUUCGUUAAAAUAUAUCUAAUAGCUGACGACACCAAAUUAAGUUUAACUCACUUCUAAUCAACAUUUACAUUCACUAAUACUAAUACAUUAUAUGAAAAUUUAAUUAUAUUACUUACUUGUUGAUUAAAAGCCCCAACAUUGCUAAAAAAGCACCCGCCAUAACGCUGGUACUAGUACUAGUCACCAAGCGCGCGUUAGGCGUCUAGUGAUAGCGGUGUGGAACUGGAAAUGGGGGUGUUUUUGUAAACAUCGCCGCUACGCGAGAAUCAUGCCCACUCAUUUGAUCUCGUGAUAUUAAAUAGUUAAAGACCUGAUCUUUCCAACCGUGUAAAGAGCGUCCUAAUAUCUCCAUGUUUUCGACCAUUUUUUUAAUACGAAAGUUUUCAACCGGCUUUUUCAAAAUGAAAUAAGCAAGGUAGAUAAACUCUCUAUGCAUCAAACGAAAGGACAUUAUCUGCUCUUUCUUAUGGUGGUAGAAUUAUUGGGAUAACUUAAAUAGACGCGUAGCCGUGGGCGUUUGAAACACCUUGGAGUAAACCGAUACUAGCAAAAACGCCGUAAAAUUGGUCAAAACUGAUACUUUUCAAACACAGAAAAAACACUUUCAAACACAUGUUACAGUCAUGCAAGUAACACAUUUCGCCAGAUAAAGAAUUAAACUUUAUUCACAUAUAAAUUUUAUUGCUGUAUCGCUACUAGAAGAGGAUUAAUUAUUUUUUUGAAAACUUCGAAAAAUGACCCUAAAACUCAUUUUUUCUUUAGUUUGGACUACCUACUAAUAAAUCCCAUUCUUUGCAGUCAUGAGAAAUAAUAAGACAUUUUUUGUUUAAAUAAGUGUCUACAGCUUUCAAAUAGAAGAUUCUUUUAGAAGAUUCUUUUAAUACCUUUCUUUGAAUCUACUCAUGGAGUUAAACUGCAGUUAAGAAUAAUAAAAAUAAUAAUCUAUUAACUCUAGAUUUUUUUUUUUUUUUUUUUAAAGGAAGUAAAGAAUAAUAGUGAUUAAAUUUCAUUGAAAAUUUUGUUUGUUUUCCACAGGAAAGUGGUGAUUACCCACUGAUCAUGACAGGUCCACAGUGGAAAAAGAUAAAAUGCAGUUAAAAAUAAUAAAAAUAAUAAUCUAUUAACUUUAGAUUUUUUUUUUUUUUUUUUAAAGGAAGUAAAGAAUAAUAGUGAUUAAAUUUCAUUGAAAAUUUUGUUUGUUCUCCACAGGAAAGUGGUGAUUACCCACUGAUCAUGACAGGUCCACAGUGGAAAAAGUUUAAGUCCUCAUACUGUGAAUUUGUUCAAGUUCUUGUUAGACAGUGUCAAUACAGCAUCAUCUAUGACCAGUAUAUGAUGGAUAAUGUCAUUUCUCUGCUAACUGGGCUAACAGAUUCCCAAGUCAGAGCAUUCAGACACACCAGUACUCUAGCAGGUAUAUUGCUGUUAACAAGUUUUAUACUUAUUUACUUUAGAAAAUCAUAUUUUAAUUUUCUUUAUGACUAGAAAUUUUACCUUUCAUUAGGAUAAUUAUAUUUUAAAAUAAUUUUAUCUUUUACAAAACAGCCAUGAAACUUAUGACUGCUCUGGUGGAUGUUGCCUUGAAUCUGAGCAUUAAUUUGGACAACACACAAAGGCAGUAUGAAUCUGAACGAGCCAAACAGCAAAAUAAGAGAGCUGGAGAUCGUCUUGACUUGCUUAUGCAAAAACGACAAGAGGUAAUUUGUAGUGUUUGCACAAUUUAGCUGAUGUUUCAUUAUUUUAAGCAAAAAUGCCCAUUAUUUCGGAUUUGUUUUUUUAAAUAGUUUUUCUGUUACAUUUCAUUCAUUCAGAUCUUGUGUGCCAACUGGUGUUUUAUGCUAUUACCAAAGACAUGGUAAAACCCAAAGAAACAUGGCACAGAGCAAAUUUUUUUUUAAAUAUCUGCUGACUACAAAAAAUUCUACAAAAAACUUCAAAAGUUACAUUUCUGUUCAACCAUUAUUUAUGGUAUCAGCCAUGUUUAGUUGAGUCUUCCCUGGCUUUAUGUCUUGCCAGGGCUGUCCAGCUUGGUUCUGCCCUGGGAAUUGAGCGUAAUUCUUCAAGUAUGACCACGUCAUCCCCUGUGAUUGGUCUUAAAAGAUUAUAGGCUUUUUUUUAUUUUAAGGGAGGUGGGGUGUGUGUUUUCAAACAAAACUAAUUUGUUUAUUUGAUGUUCCAAUGCUAUAUAUAUAUGUAAAAAGUAAAUGAUUCAAAAGCCAUCUAGAGAUGUUACAAAAAUCAAAUAUUUUUUUUAUCUCCACAGUUGGAAGAAAAUCAGGCAGAAAUACGCAACAUGUUGACUUACAUCUUUAAAGGUGUUUUUGUGCACCGAUACAGGUUAGAAUAUUUUGUAAAGGUCAUUGUAAAAUUAUUAUGCUGUGUAGAUGACAAUUCAACCAAACAUAAAAGUUAAACAGGAGGUUCAUUAAAGUAACUGUUAGUUCAGACCAUUCCAUAUUUAUUCACUUUUAUUUUAUUAUUUCAAGAGAUACACAGCCUGAAAUUCGAUCCAUCUGCAUGGCUGAAAUUGGUGUAUGGAUGAAAAAGUACCCUAACAUGUUCCUAGAUGACAGUUACCUAAAAUAUGUAGGCUGGACACUCUAUGAUAAGGUCAGGGAAUAGUGUGACUUUCAAAUCUAAGAAUGCACGUAGUACUGAAUACAUUGCUUUGGCUAAGGGUAGUUUUUCAGAUAAAAUAUACAUACAUUUAUGUUUUCAAAAUGAAUCAUACAAUAAGUAGAUUUGUAUUAACUUUUAAAUAUUUGUUUCUUUCUAUAGCUUAAUUUCAAGAACUAAAAGUUAGCAUUAUUUGGUAAAAAUAGAAUAGCUUUUCUUAAAAGAUUCUUUUUUUUUUAAAUUAUUAUUACCAAAAUUUUAAUUUUUAAUCUUUUUGAAACAUUUUUUAGUAUUUUUAAAGUUACAAGUACAUGUUGACAAUCAUUAAAUUAAAUGCAAAUUUAUUUUUAGGUUGGGGACGUUCGUCUAUGUUGCCUCAAGACUUUAGCACCACUUCAUGAAACUCCAGAUUUAUCAGGGAAACUGGAGUUGUUCACUAAUAGAUUUAAGGUAGGCGAUUGAGGGUAUCUUGAAUACACAUGAUAUCUCGUGGAGAGCGGUACGGAUAGCCAUCAGUUCUGAAAAUAAAAAAUACUUGCUUUCCAAAUUUAAAAAAAAGUUUUGAACGUUUUUUUGUUUUUUGUUUUUCUUUUCAAGUUGUAGAUAUUACUUCUGCAUACAUUUCAGGAUCGUAUUGUGGAAAUGACUUUGGACAAAGAGUAUGAUGUAGCCGUCCAGGCCAUUCGUCUAGUCAUCUGUGUUCUCAAGUAUGUAUUACAAAACCAUAACAUUCACUUGCAUUUGGCUUUGCUGUGUCACAAACUUAUUCCCAUUUACUCCAAAGUUAUUUUAUUCUUAGGUUGAUGUGUUGAUGUGUUAAUGUGUUAGUCAAGUAUGCUCAAGUCAAGAGUUUUUAAAUACUCUGUAGCUUUUAUUUGUUAAUUCAUUAACUUAUGACAACAUUGAGUCUAUUGAUGUCCAUGUUCACUUGGAAAGGUACAGUGAAAAUGUAUUAUGCGACAAAGACUGUGAGAAUGUUUAUGAGCUGGUGUAUUCCUCACACCGAGCUGUCGCACAAGCAGCUGGAGAUUUCCUUAACCACAAGUUGUUCAAGCGCGAUGAUGAUGCCCCUGUUGUUAGAUCGGCCAACGGUAAAAAGAGAAGCCAUAACACACCCCUUGUACGAGAUCUGGUUCAAUUCUUUAUUGAAAGUGAGGUAAUUCAAUUGUGCAUUUUUGUCAUUGCUAUAUUAUUGUUAAUUUAAGUAGACGUGAUUUGGCAGCAUUAACAUACCGGUAUAUGACUUGUUUUUUUUGUUGUUUUUUUCUUAAUAAUAAGGCGUCUUAUAUAGCGCGGUACCCCAGCCUAGGGGUAUUUAUUACUAGUGUGUAUUAAUUGUAUUUUUUUUAAUUAAAAUUUUUUAGCUGCAUGAGCAUGCUGCUUACCUUGUCGACAGCCUUUGGGAAAUUAAUGAAAUGAUGAAAGACUGGGAAUGUAUGACAGACCUGUUACUAGAAGAAUCUGGUAAAGGAGAAGAAGGUAAGUUUUAUCCUAUGCACUUGUUCUGUCUAUGGUGUUUAUUCAAAGGAUUUCAUCUGUGAAUCUAUUAGAAAUAGUGGUUAUUAAUGAAGGAUACAUGUGCCAAGUCAAAUUGAUUACAUGGAGCCAGUUCAGCACAAGUUAUAGCUUUGAAAUACCUAUGUCAGGUUCAAGAACUUUCUAUUUGUGAGCUUAGGAGUUGAGUAUAGAAAUAAAAUUGAAUUCUUAAUCAUUAAUUGACAUUAUUAAUAUUUUUUAACCUGUGCUCAUGCUGAACCUUAUCCUUAACUGUUUCUGUUCCCAUAUAUAAAUUACUAACAUUGAUUUGUAAGAUAGUAUUUAUAUUUCUUAUUUGUGAUUUAUUUUCAAUGGUUUUGUACUUACGUGCACUAUAUUUACAGACUUAUUUUUAAUUAUUUCUUUAAUUUUGUAAACUCAGCCCUUGAUGACAGACAAGAAACGAGUCUUAUAGAGAUAAUGGUGUGUUGUGUGAAACAAGCAGCAACUGGUGAAUCACCUGUUGGUAGAAGUCCUAAUAGAAAGGUACCACAAAAAUUGUCAAUUAGGGGAGCAAUUUGAUGGUAUGAUGUACUAUUAUCCAUGUAGUUACAUGUGGAAUAAUUUGCAAUAUAUAUUAAUUUAUUUUCAGUCUGUUCUGUAAUUGAUCCAAUGCUCCAGUUAUUUAUAAAGCAGAUGGAUUUAACAUAUGUUAGUUUGUUUAGAUUGAUAUACUUGAUUCUGGCAUAUUUUUUUAAAUAAGAUUGUAAUUUUGGUUAUAUGAAUUUGCUUUGUCUAUUUUCUGUGCUUUUAGGUUUUAAAGAAAUACACUUAUGUUAGCUGUUUAGUUUUAUAAAAAUGCAAUUAUGACUUAAAUAGUAAAGUAGAACAAUAAUAGAUUCGGUUUUAAUGAAAAUAAUUGUUCAAACUAUAUUAUUUGCUGAUCAGAUGUCAGCCAAAGAGUUGAAACAAGUAUCUGAGGACAAGCAGAGGCUUACUGAACAUUUUAUUGUUGCCCUUCCUCAACUGUUACUCAAGGUGAGCUUGACCAUAUAAAGAUAAGUAAAUGUUCUGACCCAUAGCUUUCAAUAGAUCUUACUAUUCUUUGAAAAAGUAGGGUAAAUGAGUAAUUCAUCUAUUAUCUCACUUAAUCUCUAUUUAGUCAGUUCCUUUUUUUUUAAUAAUAUAUUUUUAUGUUGAUUACUUUUUAUUUAUCUCUAAAAUUUUAAGUAUUUGAUGGACGCUGAGAAAGUUGCUAAUCUGCUGCAGAUCCCUCUCUAUUUUGAUCUAGAUAUCUACACAUCUGGUCGACAAGAAAAGGUAUCAGUAUUAAUGGAGGACGUUUAUUAUUUUAGUUUAUUUAAUUAUUAACUUAUUUCCUUGAGGUUUUAUUAAAGGAAAACAAUUUUUUUUGUUAGCCCUGCAAUGAAAUAGUUGUGAUCUUCUUUACAUUUAAUCAUUGCAUCUUAACUCAUUUUUCUCUCUUUUCAGAAUCUUGAAUUAUUGUUGCGGUAUAUAAAUGACAUUGUUGAAAAGCAUACAGGCAAUGAGGCAAGUUCAGCUGCAGGGAUAUUUUAACUAAUAAAACGUAGCAGAUUUGACUGUUGAUUUUGUAGCAAGAGCAUCUUUGAUUUUAUUUUUUUAAGCUUCAGUUUCAUUUGUUUUAAAACUUUGAUUUUCAUUGUAAAAUUUUUUAAUAUAAUAAUAUAUUUUUUAAAUGUUAUUAUUAUAUUGUAAGACUGUUGAACUGGCGACACUUUUUACACUAAAAUAAUGUUCACAGGUUCUUGAAGCUUGUUCCAAAUGCCUAGAAUGUUUGUGCAAUGAAGAGUUUGCCAUUGCUGGCAAAAGUGAAGUGAGCAAAAAAACACUGAUAGACUCUUUAGUGAUCAAAUUAAAGACAGCUGUCCAAGAUUACUUCACAGAGGUACAAAGUUUUUUUUGUUUUGUUAAUUUAUAAAAAAAAACAAUUAUUAUGAAACUGACCAGAGUAUUUUUUCUUUCUUUUUAAAAUACUAGUUUCAUUUGGAGAACUUUUAUUUUUGAGAAAUUGUGUUAAAUUUUUAAAACUUUAUUUUGUUUAUUUGUGUAUCUUGAAAGAGAUUUAUAAAGGACCCUUAAAUAAUCUUUGAACAAAGGGGCAUCUUUAAAUCUCUGUAAAGUUUGUGAAAAAUAAUGAUUUGAAUUUCUGAAUAAUAUAAUUCUUAGCUAAGAAUCAAUAAAUGCCAAUACAUACUUACUGGAAAUGUUUCAGGGAGACACCCCUGAUGAAGAUGAAGUCUUUGCUUUACUGGCUGCUCUGAAAAGGAUAAGUGCUUUUUACUCGUAAGUCUUUUUGUGUGUGUGUACAUAUAUAUGGCCUUUGAUAUCACAAUCAAGCAUUAACUUACCCAGUCAUGCACAUGGAUAAUUAUCAUAAAAGUUUUCCACUACAUGUUUACUAAAUGAUAAAGUCUAAAAUUCACAGCUGCCAUGAUCUCACCAACUGGGAAGUAUGGGAUGACAGCUUCAUUGUGGUCAAGUCAGCCAGAGAGAAAGCUGUUAUCCCUGAGGAGGUGAGUUGUAAAUUGUGAUGUCUUUCAAACUUCUGCAUGUUAGCAUCUUAAGAGAUGAAUCUUCUUUGAUUAAUAUGAAUAUUAUUUGGUUUAUGAAUUUAAAUGAAUAGAAAGUAUUGGCUGUAUAUAAUGUCUCCGCUGUAUUUAAGGAUUGGAUUUUUAUUUUCAGAUCAUUGUGAAAGCGAUCCAUACCUGCUCAACAGCUGUUUUCUUUUAUUUAAAACGUCUUGAUGAAUCAAAGCCCAGACCCGUAUGUUUUAAGAUUGAAGUAAUUUUGGAAAAAUAAAGUUACCAGCUUUUAAAAUAAAAUAGUAAAGAUACAUCAAAACCAGUGCUUAAAUUGGAUUUAUACUACGGUACAUCUGCCUAUUACAGAUAUUGACUAAAGUUAAGUUAUUUCAAUUAAUAAUUACAUUGGUUUACUUGUUUGAUUGAUUAAUUAAUUUGUUCUAUUAGGAUGAAAUGAAGAGGCUAAGGAAGAAACUUGCCCUCCUGAUUCAGUGUUGUCAUGAGCUUAUGUUCCAUGACAGUGAAAAAGUCAAAGAAGAGGUAAGGCUCUCAAAAUUACAGUGCACCACUGACACAAUGUCAGUAUACAAUUUAAAUAAGAGCUUUCAAAGUGUAAUAUAUAAAUUAGCUAUCAUAACCAUGUUUAAAAGAUUAAAUUAAGAGUUGCUGUUGUAGCCACCUGUUUCUUUUUAAUGAGAUGCAAGAAUCGUAAGCAGUUCAUCUGAAACUAGACGCUAUUUAACUGGAAAUUUAAUCUCUAACAUAUAUUAAUAUUAAUGAAUUUUUUGUAGCACACUAGUAAGGAAAUGUUUACUUCUAUAGUAUUUUUUUUUUUUUAAAUUCUGAUAAAACUUAUUUCAUUUUUCUUUCGAACUUAAUUCUAUUCUUCUUCUGGGAACAUUUCAGUCUUUUGUGAUUAUUUGUGAUUUACUGAUGGUGUUCAGCCCAAACAUAGGAGAGAGUAAUCCUCUCCUGAAGCCAAUUGUGUAUGAUGUUGAGCCAAAACUAACAGCUCAUCUCAGUGAAUUUCUUCUCAUGAAAGUAUUUGUAGAGGAUGAUGAUGGUAAUUUUCUAUCAAAGGAAGCAAUUUUUAAAAAAUAAUAUUUCAUUUGGAAAUUAUUUGAGGCAAUAAGAGUAAUUUUUAAGUAGUAUUAAUUUUCAUUAAUUAGUUUCUUCUAAAAAAAAAUUAUAAAUACACUUUCUCUUCUUAGCAUUAGUGUAUGUCAAAAUGAUUCUAGUGAUUUUGGUGUGAUCUUUAUGGCUUACAGAAAUAAAGAAUUCAAACAAAAACAAAAAAUUUGAAUAAAAUUGAAAUUUUUAAUUUUUCCAGAGGAGAUGGAUGAAAAUGUAAAAAUUGAAGAGUUGCACAAAAGGCGAAAUUUUCUUGCAAGUUUUUGUAAAUUAGUUGUCUACAACAUAAUACACAUCAAAGUGGCUGCCACAAUGUUCAAGCAUUACAUGAAGGUAUUUCAAAGCUUUUGUUUGGUUUCUACAAUUGACUCAGUUAAUUUUAUUUUAUAAAAUCUCUUGUUUCAGAGGGUUAGAAAUGACUAUAAAUGAUUCAUUCACAGUUAGCAUGAAAAUUCUUUUUAGAAAGAAGAGAAAAAAAAGGUGUGUCUUACUUAAAUAAUCUAAUGAAUGACUGUUUAAUUUGUUAAUGAAAUCCACAGUUUUACAAUGACUAUGGUGAUAUCAUAAAGUACACACUUAGUAAAGCCAGGGAGAUCAACAAAGUAACCACGUCUAAGACACUGGCCAUGAGUCUGCAGCAGGUGUGUGUCUAAAGCUAGUAGAUUAAACAUUUUCCAUCAUAAUUGUGGGACUCUUAAUCCUGGAAAUGUGUUGUAUUCCUUGUGUCCACUGCAUUGGUGUAGAGCUGUAGAUUUGUGCUGGUCUAUGAAUGUAAAACAAAUUGUGGUAGUGUUAAAGCAAUUUUUUUUUAAUGUAUGUUAUGUAUGUUAAUUGUUUCUGAAAUACUGAACAUUUUUUAAUAUUUAUUAAAAAUAAAAAUUAUCAGAUUGACAAAAUAUUAUAGUGCAGUGGAUUAAUUCUGUAGUUUAAAUAUUAAAUUAUUUAAGCAUUUGAAAGUUACGGUAUUUAAAAUAAAAGGGAAUUUUAAAAAAAAUGUAUUCCAGUUGUUCAAAGAACUCCAAAUUGAGCAAGGAGAAGUUGAUAGAUCGUCCGAUUCUUUCCAGUCUAUUAAGGUACAUAGGAAAAUAGUGUACAUUUUAUAGUUUUUUUUAAAUUUAAUUUCUCUUUGGACAUCAAGACAUAAGUUGUCUGAAGAAAAAGAUAUUUAUUAUAUGUUCUUUAAAUAGUCCGUGUAACAAAACCUUACUUUUCCCUGCUAUUUUACAGACUUGCAAGAGAUUAUGAAAUUUAGAACAUCUAAAACCAAAUAGAAUAAUCAUAUACUGCUAGAUAAUUUAUGAAGAAAAAAUCACAUACUUCACACUUGCCCUGUACAUUAAAUACCCUUUUUUUUUUCUACAUGCAUUCUACUAUGAAAAGCUGGCCCAUUGUGCUUUUUAACCUUUCACAUCUUGAUUGUAAUGAGAACUGGCUACUUGUAAUGGCUGUAACAAUAAUAAUGCUUAUAUUAACUUUUCUUUAUUUCCUGCAAAUAUGUAGGAGCUGGCUAGAAGAUUUGCACUGUCCUUUGGUUUGGACCAGAUUAAAAACAGAGAGGCUGUUGCAACAAUGCACACGUAAUUUUUUUAUUUUUGUGAUUCAUAGUGAAAACAUUUUAAAAGAAAAUCAUUUUCAUUAGCUGAAUUUUUUUAUUUUAAUUUGCUGACAUGUUUUAUGCAAGUAAUAAUUUAUACUUUCCUUAAUGAAAUAACGUUUACAGUACCUCAUAGCCUCAGUACAACUAUGAAUAAAUUUUGUAUAUUGUAUCUCACAGAGAAGGCAUACAGUUCAGCUUAACACCAUUUGAAAAUAGGGACAAGGGGCCAAAUGCUGCACCACCUAACCUAGCUUUCCUUGAGGUUCUUUGUGAGUUCACAAACAAACUCAUGAAACAAGAUAAAAAGACAGUGUGAGUAGAAUUAUUUGUUAUUAAAAUGUACGCUUCAAGAUAUCUGAUGAUGAUUUUGUUUGUGCUAAAAUAACUUAUGGUCCAAGUUUCAAUGUUGCACGAUGUAGGAAACAUUACAUUUACCCAAUGCCACACUAUCAUCUCAUGAGUUGUGAGAUUCACAAAUUUAUUUGUGGCUGAUUCUAGUGCUUUUGAUAAUUGAAAUGUAGUCAACUUUAAGCUUUAAAAUGUGAUUGCUUAAAUCAGCGGUUCACAACCUGUGUGUGACGACCCAUUUGGGGGUUGAACGAACCUCGCACAUUGGUCGCCUAAGACCAUCGGCCCAUAUUUAUGAAGUAGCAAUGAAAAUAAUUUUAUGGCUGGGGGGUCACCAAAACAUGAACUGUCCCAGCAUUAGGAAGGUUGAGAACCACUGUUUUAAAUUGAUAAAUGCCACUGGGUUUUUUUUCUUUCUCCCCAGUGUCAACUAUUUAGACAAACAAGUAGAAGGUAAAAUCCCUCAAGUUCGUCAAGAGGACUGGCAACCAUUCUUCACUUACAGGAACAGCUUGAUGCAAGGAGAUACAGACUGGAAUACUAUCACAAUCAAACAAGCAGCACAGAAGCGUUAUGGUAGAAAAGCACGUCAAGACAGUAAGUAAAUCACAAUUUUCUGUGUAAUUUAUUGAAAUAUCUUUUUCUUUCUUAGAUUUCACAAAUAAAAACAUUACCAACUCUUAUUACCAGGCACUAAAUAUUUUACUGAUUAGCUCUGUAAAUGUAUUUGGCAAUUCGUACAAAAGCAAUUUGUUCAAAGGAAAAUUGUUUUUGAAAAAACUUGCUUUUCAAGCAAAUUUCUGCUAACACUCUGUGACGAUUUAGUCCUUUUUUUAAAGACAUAAGUACAUUAUUGCCAUAUUUGAAAAAUCUAUUUCAGUUUCUUCUGACACAAGUUAUGAACCUCAAACCCCAGGGCCCAAUAGCAUACAACCGCUGACAUCCACUGCUCACAAAAGAGGUCAUCAUCAUGAACCCGAUGAAGACUCCAACAUGGAAUCCAACAUUGGUUCAGAACAAGACUUUGAUGACUCGUAAGCCAUGAAUCGGUGUUUCAAUUUUUUGGAUCGAAAUUUACGUUAUCUUUUCAUUUUCAUUAUAAUUUUUCAAUAUGGGCUCUUUUUUAUGUUUUGGUCUCAUACAGGGCUUGGCUUAGAAAAUAAAAUAUAAUAACAUAAGUUUGUAAAUGUCCUUAUUUUUUAAAAACUAAAUUUAAAUUAGAUAUUUAUGACGUUGCAUUAAAAGAUUGUUGAGUAUUGACUUGGAGGAAAUAAAGUGUAUAAGCUAUUCAGUGUGAAAAUUUUAUUUUUAUAUGAAGUAUUGAAGCUGUGGUGGAGGAUUAAAUAGAAAACUAAUGUCAAGCCAAGUAUGACAUCAAUUCUUUUGGUUCCUUAAAGUAACUGUGUUUUGGUUACUGUACAAACAAAUUUGAUGAGAACAAAAAGGCAUAGGGGCUAGAUAUCACUAUGAUACACCGAUUAAAUGGUGUACCUUUUCAUGUUAGCAUCUCUUGCCUAUUUUUUCUUAUUCACAUUGUGGGUGCAUUCUUUGUUUGCUUUUGUUUAGUGGACCACCAUGAAAUGACCAGAAUUCCUUGCUUUAGAGACUUGAGGAAAGUUAACUCAAAUAUUGUUCUAGUUACAAGGAAGUGCCAUUUAGGAUGAGAAUAAAUAUUGCUUUUCUUUUGAACACCACCUCCUGCCCCCCAAGAACUAAAUUACAACCCCAUCUAAUGUUUUUCCAACAGGAAAGGAAUAAAAAAUAUGUUUCAUGAUAAAGAAAAUGAAGUCUAAAUUUGCUGAAUAAACUUUCGUUGAAAUAUAUUUAAUGAAAAUUAGCAUGUUCUGCACCAUCCUGUCAGUCUUGGUUCACUGUGGUUCAUAAUUUAAUGUAUAUAAUUUUACUAUACAUAGAAAAAUUUCCUAGGCAAAUAUUAUUUCAGGAAGGCAAUCUCUAUGCAUUUAAUACUAAUGCGAAUAAAUUAGGAAGUAUUUAUGAGUGUGAUGCCCUCCAAUUUUCUGACUUGAUUAUGUUGCUAGUAUACAUUCAUUUACAAAGUGUGACAUCCUAAAACUGGAAAAUUUAACUUCCAUUUUUUAUCAAAGGAUUGAAAUAAAACUAGUGUAGACUACAUAGCUUUUGCCGUUAUGCACAGUGUUUGUCAGGUUCAAGAUUUGCUAUUCAGCUAAAUAUGUUUUGAAAUUACUAUUUUAAUCAUUUAACCCUUACGGUACUGACCUACUUUUUGCUUUUAUUGUCUCAGUACCGGCCAUUAAUUGGCUAAUUAUUCCCUGUGGCCCAGACAUUAUUUUGGAAUGAGUCAAAAUUUGAUAGGAUGUUAAUUUAUUUUGUAACUUUUUUGUUUUAAACAAUUGAUAAUAACAUGUAGAGAAUUAUCUAUUCAGAAAUGGAUAAGGGUGUUAAAAAAACACUUCUGAUCCCAAUUAAAUUUCAAUAAUAUUUUCAGAAUAAAAGGUUUCAUCAAGUGGGCGUAAGUCGCCAUCAACAAUAGCGAUUUAAGUAGUGCCAUGGAAACAACAAAUACAGAUCCGCACAAAAAACUCAGUAAUUGGUCGAUUUUCAUAAUUUAAAAGGCAAAUUAAAAUUUGACUAUUCCCCUAACGAAUAAACAUUCUGCCCGAGACUGGGGUGAAAGGUUAUAUCCUUGUUUCUGUGUUUUUAUUAGAUACCCCGCUAUGUGGCAAAUAGACGCGCUUGGGCUACGGAAAACGAUCGGCUGGUGAAAAAAGACGCGCUUGGGUCACAGGGAAAAAUUAGGUCACUGCAAAAAGACGCGCCGGGUACUGUAAGGGUUAAUAGAAAAUGGGUAGAGGAUCUCAUUCUAAUUUUUGUAAAAAAAUUAAUUUAAUGAUGUAUAUAGGUGUAUAUUAUUUAAUAUUGCUAUAUGAUUGCAUUUUUUACUGUGUGAUGUUUAGUUCAAGUUUGAUGUUUUUCUCAUUAUUUAUCCUAUUGUGCCUUACUGUAUGUAAAAAUUUUGGAAUAUGUAUCUGAGGCUAUUAUCGUCAUUUAUUUGUUUUACGUUAAUAUUUUGAAAACAGCCUCAUAAAGCUUUAAAAAGUAGGUUCUAAUAAAACCUACUAAGGGAUAUAAGGGGUUGUUAAAAGUGGGUGAAGGCUAUGAAGCAUUACUUUACUAGAUUAAAGUAAUUUGACAACUAAAACCCUUCCGGUUAGACAACUUAAAUUCACUAUUGUAUACUGUUACAGCAACUGAAUAUUCUUUAUUUUGUAGUAAAGAAAUAAGGUAAUUGGAAAUAAAAAAAAUAUAUAUUCCUUUAGGCAUGUACUGAAAUGAAAGUUCUAUGUCUAUUCUUAAAUUUUGAUUAUGAAAUACCAUAUAUUCAAAGACAACAGACUAUCAGCUAUCUUGAUAUACUUAUAAGGGCAGCUAUUCUCAAAGCUUUUCUCAGAGAGUUGAUUGUAUCAAUCAGAAUGUUUUCUCUUUAGCAUUGUUGUUUUUGUUUGUUGGUUCAUAUAUUUUUUUAAAAUAAAAGACAAUUGGCAUUACUUAUUUCUGUUGUAUUCUUUAUUUAUUGUUUUAAUUGUGUGAAUUGGUCUUUAAAUGUUCUAAAAAAUAAUCAAAAUAUAGUUAAAUUCUGGCAGCACAGUCAAUAAAUAAAUCUAUUUAUCAAAUGUUGCUUUUUAAAAACUUUUUGACAGUAUGGUACAACUUAUUUAAUGUGGGUCUUAGAAAUGUGUAUUUUAAUAGAUUUUUACCUGCAUGUAACAUUUAUUUAAUGUAAUAUUUUCUUUCUAAAUAUGAAUUGGAAGACGGGAAAUUUAAACAAAAAUUUUAAAAGGAGUAUCAUAAUUGAGGUGUCUAUUUAUAAUAAUGGCAUUCAAUUACACAUGUGGAAAAAUUGGUUUCAAUAUUUAUAAGAUUUGAGUCUUGGCCUUUAAUGUAACAAAAGAUAGUUAAUCUUAUGACAGGAUGCUAGUUGGAGAGGAAUUUGAUAUGUUAAAUUCUAAUAUUACUUACUAUUGCCUCUGGAGAACAGCUUGUGCACUAAACAUUUUUAUACCCAGAUACGAUUAGAUAGGAUUUAGUCCGGAUCUGUUUCUGUAUAGUUGACCUUUUAUCUUCAAUAACUGCUCUACCACAUCUAAUCCACCUGACCUUGUUGCUAAUCUUUCCUGCACAUGACUUGUCACACCUCUUCUCCCACCUGUAUUAUCUUGACCACAGUUCUAGGGGUGCUCAGGGUAACUGGCACCACAAACAACAACCGCAGGCAGAGCACCACAACCUGAGGAGGUCAGAUCGACACAGGCAUCCUCCAGCUACGUAAGUUGGUUUUAGGAUUUUGAUUUUUCUUAUUUUGUUUUAAAGGUUUGGGCUUAAGGAACUUUUGUCUGAGGCUAUCUUGAUGUGUUUUUUUUUUUUUUUAAUGGAAUUCGGGUUUCUCAAGCAGGAUACCGAGAUCCUGUUAAAUUUAAAAUAUAUUUAAAAAAUUCUCCGGUACCGUACAAACUUCUUUUAGAACACCCAAUUUUGUAUUUUUAAUUUCAGCCAGUCGUAAAUUGUGGCUAUAAGCCAGGACCGGUAAAAUCUAGUCAACUGAGCUGAAUUGGUGAGCCCAGUGCACAGAUUCUCAACUGUUUUAACGUUGCGCCCACAUUAAUAUAGAAGCAAAGUACCGUACUCACAAACCCAUAAUCUUGAGAGAAAAAACUUUUUUCAUAUGGUAUAUGAAAUCACAUUUUAAAUAGAUAUUUCAGCAUGAUAUAAUUUUAAUUAAAGAAAUAGUUAGUGCAAUGAUUGACAAUAUAUCUGGAAAAGUCCAAAUUAAAAUGAAAAUUUUUUUUAAAUGGUUAUUUCACAAAUAUCCCUUCGCAACCCCAGUGGAGGUCAGGUUCCAUGGGCUGAGAACUGCUCUAGUAACUUGAUCAUAGCGGCUGUUAGUUUUUAAUUUAUUUAUUUUUUUACGUCCUUAAUAAACCUCGUAAUACCGGUACUUUACAUAAAUAUAAAUUUACCAGUAUUGAACAUUUUAAUUUUUUUUUUGUUUAAAUUUGAAACGAAGCUCUUGUUAUUUCCUGACAGAUUGGAAAUUAAAUUUUGCGACCUGUAAAGAAUGCAAAACUCAAAGAAAGCUUUUUUUUCUACAGGUAGUCAUAUCGAACUUUGCUUAACAAGCAAAAUAUUAGCAAAUUAUCCUUAGGGCCAAGUACGGGAAAUGAUCAACCUCCCAACAAAUCCUAACAUUGUUUUUCAUUCCUUAAAUUCCUUAACAAGUUUACCAAUUAUUAAAACACAAUCUGUAUAGUUUAAUUCAGUUUUAGAACAUUUGAUAUAGAAUUAAUUUCAUCACGGGAACUCCCAUGAUGAGGGUAACUUUCAUUCUGUUUCCCUGGGCUAAGCAAAGCCCCCAGGAAAUGAGAAACAGUGUUUCCUAAAGGAUCUCUAGCUGAUCUUAAGAAGAUGGUAAUAAGGGGGAGAGACUGCAAUCAGGUUAGAAAAAUGGAAAUGAGUGAGACAAAGUAGGGGAAAACCUGCAAAAAAAGAAUGCAAGUAAACAAAGAAUGUUUCUGCAAGAGCAAGUCAGCGAAAAAAACAACUGUAAAAAUAGAAUUAAAAUAAAAUAACACUUAGCUGAAAUGUAGUAUCCAAGAGGACAGCAAGAGGAAUUGGACAGAAAAAUAAGUAGGUGAGAGAUAAAAUACAGGCAAAAAGGGAAUGAACAGAGGAAAAGUAGGAGGGGGCUGAGAAAAGGUUUAACAGUUGAAUGAGAACAUUCAUGCCACGUAGUGUCAAGGUUCUAUAAGUCUGAAUCAGCUUGUUUUCGAAAUUCAACCAGUUUGGUGUGUUAAUGGUCACGACAGCACUUAUAGUUAUAGUAAAAUCUGCACAUGCCUUGUGGUCACUUCUACUGAAGUGUUUAGAGACGGGACAAUGCUUAUCUUGCAUAAUAUCAGGGACAUGUUCAGUACAUCUGUCAGUGUCUGCGUCCUGUCUCACCUAUUUAUGACAUCUGGCAGCGGGUGCAAAAAAUGGCAUAGUCUGGAUGAUAAAAGAGGAAGGGUUGCAAUGGCAGCAUCCACAUGGCUUGGUCCUACAGUGGGUGGGGGAAGCAUUGAAGCGACUUCGUACAAGGAGGUCUCACAGAUUUUUAUCCCAUCUGUAAACAAUCAGAGGCUGGGAAGAGAAAAUGUCGUGGAUGUCAGGGUCGACCAGGAGAAUGGCAUGGUUUUUAAGGAAAACACGUUUGGCUAUUAGAUUGUGAGGAUAAGUUUGGUCCUGUCGUCAUUGUCACUUGGACGUGACCUGAAGGCAUUAGCACAGGUAUUAUUUUCAACUUUUGAAGAGCUGAUGAAAGUACUGUCCCAGGUAGGACCUGCAUCGAAAGUAGUUGAUCAUCUCAACUGCCUUGACCCAAAAGUCAUUCUCUGACUGGCUAAGUCGACAAAAUCAUUGAGAAAAGAGAAUAGAGUCUUUACAGGAUUUUGAGUGGGAGGAAGAGUAAAGAAAAUAGCUGUGGGUGUCAGUAAGCGGAGGUGAGUAGGCUGUCAUUGUGAAGGGUGACAAAAAGUUGACCGUGGUCUCAGAGGAAAGAGAUGUGAAUUAAAUGGAGGGGUGAAAAGAGCCUAAAAAGUUAAUGAAUAGGUCAAGUUCACUCCUCUCCAUUGUGGUGACCCCAAUACCAUCAUCAAUGUAACUUUUGUAGAAUUCACGGAGGCAUCAAGUGUGGUUGCUUUCGACCCUGUGUUCAAAAUGUCCCUUGAACAAACGUGCGUAGCUGGGUCCCAUUUUAUAAGAAGAGAUUCUAAGUUGACACAGGCUUUAACUUUAAAGACAGAGUUAUCACUGACUUAAUGGUCUUCGCACACUAAAUGUUAAAAGAUAAGCGUUCUCACUUUGACAUGGAUUCAUAACACAAACCUGUUACUGCAUCUGAGAAAAAUGACAAUUUUAAUUUACACUAAGUCCAAAAUAUCAGCAGAGCCCUUGUUUAAGAAUGUGCACAACAUCGCUGUGGUUUGACACUAUUUUUAACAUCAUUUCAUGUUAAUAAAAAAGCAAAGAGAUGAACCCUUGUAAUCCCAAAAUGUGUUACGACCCUCCAAGUGGAUUAGACAACUCUAAAAUAUUACUUUUGCAAAGCUUUAAAUUUAAUGUGAACAAGAAAAACUCCUUAGCCUUUUCAUAUACCGUCGAUGCGACGUCACGAUCAUCCACUUUCAUUUACCAAGGACAUCACAUUGUCGUCAUAACGAAGAGGCAAAGAUUUUUUCUGAAAUACCAAGGACAUCACGUUGACGUCAUAUUUCAAUGCGUUAUAUUUCUUUAUUAGUUAAUCUAUAAAGAAGUUAAUAGGCGAAUCGGAUAGAGAAUGAAAAAAUACCGGAAGUUUCAUCUUAAAGUUUUUAAUUGCAGAGUCAGCAAAAAUGUAUGCCCAAAACCAGCAGUGAUGAAAGGGUUAAUCUAUGAAAUUAAAAAAUAUCUGUCUGAUUGACAUUAAAGCUUGGCCUAAUGAGUCAGAUUCAGCAUGCAUGUUUUUAAUACUACAAUCCAACUUACACUUAAACCCAGGCCACAGAUAAGUGAAUCCAGUGACAACAGUAUUGGUGAGUUUGAGAGCCCUGCCUCUGUCCACCAUCCCCAGAGACACCACCACCAGCAGCAACAGUUUUACUAUCAGCAGCAGCAGCACCAUCACCGCCAGUCUCCACACCGCCGGGCCAUGACGCCACAACAGAUGAUGACACCCGUUGUAAGUAAAAAAAAUAUAUAUUUUUGGAGCCUCAAGUUCAUUUCAAUUAGUUCUCAGUAUUUCUUAAUUGAAUUUUUUAAUAGUAUUUCAACACUUGUCACCUGUUAAAGUAAAAACUGAAGACUGCAACUUGAUUCGGUGAAUUGUUAGUGUGCUUAAGUAACAUUGGAUUUGAAGGCAGUUUAAAACUUUUGAUAUCUGGGUCCACAGCAAAAAAAAGAUGAUUUGUAUAUUGUAAAUCAUUUGCCUCCGAAACGGAGGGGGGUGGGGUUGUUAAAUAUAUGUAUUGUAUUAAUGAUAAAAAAAAAUUCAUGAUAAUAUUCAGAAAGUGAUAAUAUUAUCAUAAGUUACAAAAUGCUAUUAAUAAAAAAAUUAAAAUUUAAUAUAUUUUUUACAUUCUGCUUUGGUAUUAAAUGUAUUUAAGUUUUACAAAAUGACAAAAAAAAUACAUUAAGAAAUCAAACUUUAGGGGGGGGGGGGGGUGUUAACAUAUUUUAUUUUUUUUUAUUAUAGUUAAUUUUACAAUUAAAAUAUAAUGAUGUAGUUAAUUUGAUUAGCGUGUACAUUUCUUACAUUAUAGGCCGGCACUCCCCAUACUCCGGUUACACCUCAGGCUCAAGGCCAUUACUAUCAACAACAGGCUGGACUUUUUGAGGAGGAGCCCUCCUCACAGUACAUUGAUGAUGGUUCUGUAAGUUAAGCUACCAUAAUACACAUUUCUGUAUAAAAUGAAUUGUUUUUUCCUGUUAUCCUUAAAUUUGAUGAGGGUGGAAAUUAUAUAACACCAAAUUAUUUAUAAGUUGAAUUGUAAUCUGCUGGUCCGAUUUUAAAAAUGUCACAUUAGAAUUCUCUUUUUUUUAUUUUACUGGAAUCAUUUUUAAAAAUAGAGGAAUGAUUUUUUUAAAUACACUGAGAAAUUAUUUUUAUAGAAGAAAAUGAACCCACCAUAAAGUACUAAUGGAACGCACAAAAAACACAUUCACCUAAAUUCAUCUAAAUAUAUGUUUCUGUAAAUGUAGUUUUACAUAAACAAAAAAUGGGAAACACUGGUGUAAUGAUUGAAAUCAUUUAAGGUGGCCAGAAAUUAAAAAAGUGUAAAUGAUUUUCCUAGGGUUCAGUUAUUGUUUUAACGCAAAUAUUCCAAUACCUAACUUAACUUCUAUAAAAUAGUUCAUUACACUCAUUUGAUAAUCAAUGGAGUUUUGAUGACUUUUUAAAUAAGCAUUGAAAAUAAAUAAAGCCCAAUAUUAGCAACUGUUAAAUUCAGUUGGAGACAAUAUCUUGACCAUUUCAUGCCAAAAAAACAUUAACUUGGGUCUCACAUUUGGAUAUAUGUCUCUAAUUAAUUGCUGCACAGCAUCAGCACCAUCGCCGUCAACAGCAACAACACCAGAUGGUGCAUACACCAUAUGUAAGCUUUAUGGUUGGUGUUGUGUGUUCAUUUUUUAAAAUAAAAAUGUGAAUGAAAAAAUAUAUUUGCUGAGAAGCUGCUUAGAUAGUCUAGUUUUCCUAUGAUUGAGUAUUGCAUAUGAAAAUAUUAACACAAUAUGCUAUUGGAUUAAAAAGGAAAAGACUGCAGAGUGUGAAUGUGUAUAUUUAUUUUAUUAAGGCUUUACCAGCUGCUUAGACUAAACAGAACUUUUCAAUGGUUGGAAAUUAAUAAUUUUAAAAAAUACUCAUUUGUUCUGAUCUAUUAUUUUGUGUCCUCCUCCUUUUGUAUUGCUGUCAGCAAUUACAUGUGCAUAGUUAGAACCUUGUAGUAUAUUGAUGUGAUCAUGUGACCUUUGCAAACAUUUUAUACACACAUAUAUUGAUCAUUGUUAAGGAGAUUAAUUAAACUUUGGUGCUUUGCAUCUUCUUUUUGGCCUCUUGAACCUAUUAUCUAUCUGUUUUUAUAAAACUAGUUGGCCUACUUUAUCCUGUGGAAAAAUAACAUACACUCCGUAAUUUAAGGAUUAUGAUUGACUGUUAUUGUCAGUUUGCAAAGAAAAACUGUGUCUAAAUUAAAGUUGCUUAACAAUUUGAUGUUAACAUUGCACUCUUCUAUGUAACACCUAUGAUCAUCUAUGAUUGUCCCAUUUAUUAUCCUUAAUCUAGAUGCAGACUUUAGGAAAAUUGACAUUAAGAUAAAUGUAAAAAUAGAAGUUUAAGCAAAUUAUUUUACCUAGCAAUGAUGGGUGUCUAUAUAUUGAAAAACAAAGGAAAAGAUAAGGGAUGGUCCCAGAAGCGUUUAUAAGAGUUUUUGGCGUCCGGGGACAAGAUUCAUUAUUACGCCCACCUAUCAACUCUGAAACCCAUGAUUAUCAUCAAUAAAAUAUCAUUAAAACCCAUUUUGGUCCCCAACUUGUCUGUGACAGCUGCUCCCCCCCCCCCCCCCCCCCCCAAGAUAUGCCUCUUGAGGGUCCUAUUGCUCACUUUUCAAGAAUUCAAAUAUUAAUAUACUUUAGUAAUAACUAAUUAUGUACACAUAUUUUGAAAGUACAAGAAAUGAUAUAUUGUUAUAAACAAUGAUUACAAACAAAACCUUUUCAUUACUUUAGGUUUAAGUAAGUUACCAUACACCUUUCUGUUUACAUUCUGCCCAAGUGUCUGUGAAAUGUUUCCUGCCAAAUGCCCCUGGUUGGUUGUUGGUGUCUUUGAAGCUUUCACCAGAUGUGGUUAGUUUUGAUCAGCAUGUCUUAUGCUAACUGCAUUUAUUAUACAGCAGGGGUUCCCCAACUAGACAAAUGUUCCCUUCUGCAAACUAAAUAAAAACAUCGGCCCAAGUCACACAAAUUCAUACACUUGGUCUUUUUAGAACAUGAGAUAUUUUAUUUGUAUAAAUAAUUUAAAUAGUGAUACAAAAAUUAAGUUUCUGAAGAAAAAAAAAUAUUUUGAUUUUUUAUAAAACUUCAAAAUAAUAAGAAGAACUUGUGUAUCAUAGUUGGUUAAAUUCUCAUUCUGUAAAUUAGAUAUUCUACAUAUUUUUGCAUCUUGUGCCCACACACAUUCCCUGGCCCCUUUUAAACUUGGCACAUAGAAAUAGAAUCAGUGUGUCACUAGUGUAGGAUUUUCUAUCAAUAUUUAAAUUUGUUCCAUAAUAAUAUAUGUGCUUGAUGUUCCUUAUAUUAGAUGGAUCCAUUCCUGCUUUGUUUUGAAACCAUUUAUUUUAUAUUUUUUAUGUACACCUCCCCCCCCUCUCUCUUGAGUGUGUCUCUGCCAGCCGGCCACAAAUCAGUUUUGACUCCGAAAAAUAUGGUGCUUGACAGGUUCUUGAAAAGAAAUUUGGCUCUCAAAAAAAUGUAAUCGUCCUGCUGCUUAUUUUUGGGUCUUUUGACUAAUGAAUUUGCCGACCAGAGGGCUAAGGCAAUGGUUCCCAACCUGUGCACUUCUUAGGGGCUCUGUAAUCCAUUGCAGGGAAACUCCUAAACACUAUUAAAAUGUAAGACAUAGGGUAGGUCUAAGGGACUCCCUCAUAGCAAUGAAAUCUAAAAAAGGGCUCGGGGUUAAAAAAAAAGGGUUGGGAACCACUGGGCUAAGGUGAUAAAUAAGUUUGAUAUUACAAUAUCCUCUAAAGUUGUAGACUUGAAAAUAUACUACGAUACAGAGAAUAAAAUCCUUUUUCAGGCAAGUUAUAAUCUAUAGCAAAAUACUCUAGGGUUCCCGAAAAAUAAAUGAAUUAUUUUCCUUAUAUAAAAAACCAUAGAUGGUGAUUCCGUAUUUAAACCUGGUUGAAAGGUGGGGAGAGAAGCAUUUCACAAAAUGCCUGUCCCCCUCCCAUUCUCUCUAUGUUAUGUAUGAGUUCAUUUCUAUCUGUGUCUUCUUGGCUUCAAUGUUCAGAUACUGCACCAAGUGUUGGUUGCUGACAGUCAUCCCAUGAUUAGUUCACACGUGAUGUGUCAGUUAAUUAAGUUAAUACUAAACAACAGCUUUUACCCAUUUAGUUUUGUUGCAUAUGUAAUAUGUUUAUGUACUUGAUUUAUAUAACAUCCAUUAUAAGGACAAGAAAGUAAUUGAUUCUACUGAUAUAUUUUACACAUUACUGGUACUAAAAAUUUAGUUAUAGGUAUGUGAUAGGAUUAGAAUUGAAAGCAAGACAAACUUUCUAGCUGGUGAAGAAUAAAAAAAAUUAAAUCAUCUAUCCCAUUUUAAUAAUAUUAAUUAAUAUGGGACACUAGACCAUUUAAACCUUCUUAUGCCAAGAUUGAAAAGUGCAUUCGGUUUCAUCACAUCAAUGCAUACAUACUGUAACUAACUUAUUUGAAUAUUGUUUGUUUCGUCUCUGCACAGUCUGACAUGAGCAGCCACCAAGGAUACUGAGCUCCCUCAGCAUGACUGAACCAUCAAGCUGGUUGAAACAAGACAGGAUUCACUUUUUACCUUAUUUUAAACUUAUUGUUGUCUUCAUCAAACUUCUUAUGGAAUCAUAAGGUCUUUUGUAUAUUCAAAUAAAAAUAAAAAUCAUGUUGUCAUUUUCCCAGAGGUUUCCUCUUCUUCUCCUACAAAUAAGACCACAUCUUUUUAACGGGUGGACUGUGUUUACAACUCAUCAACAGGUUCAUCAAUAGAAACAGACAAUGCUGAUUACCAAUACUAAGAAAAAAACAAAAUAGUUGACUUGCUGUCUGAUGAUAAUAAAAGUAAAAGCUUACAGUGGGAAACAUUGUUUUAGCCUGCCUCUGCCGACUAGGUAUCAAACUAUCAGCCUGUCUUGUCUAGGAUAGCCUGCCUCUGCCGACUAGGUAUCAAACUAUCAGCCUGUCUUGUCUAGGAUAGCCUGCCGACUAGGUAUCAAACUAUCAGCCUGUCUUGUCUAGGAUAGCCUGCCUCUGCUGGGAUUAAUUUUAAAAAUACUUUUACUUUUAAAUGUGAUCAAUUGUCCUUUCUGUAUCCAUUUACCAGUAUUGUGACUGUGUUGUUGUAUUUGUUGGCCUUAGAAUCACAUGAUUAAUCUAGUUCAAAAGCUUGCACUUCAGGCCUAAUUAUUUUAAAUUUACUUUUUAAUAAUUCAAUGCUAAUGAAACAUUCCCAGGUGUUGUUUUCUUGUAUUCAGUGUAUUAUAAUGUUCA